AUGCCUCCCAAGAAGGUCGCCGCUCCUAAGGAGAACAUCUCCCUGGGCCCCUCUGCCCGCGAUGGCGAGCUCGUCUUCGGCGUUGCUCGUAUCUUCGCCUCCUUCAACGACACCUUCGUCCACGUCACCGAUCUGUCCGGCCGUGAAACCAUCACCCGUGUCACCGGUGGUAUGAAGGUCAAGGCUGACCGUGACGAGUCCUCCCCCUACGCUGCCAUGUUGGCUGCCCAGGACGUCGCCGCCCGCUGCAAGGAGCUCGGCAUCAACGCUCUGCACAUCAAGAUCCGUGCCACCGGUGGUAACGGCACCAAGACUCCUGGCCCCGGUGCCCAGUCUGCUCUCCGUGCCCUGGCCCGUGCUGGCAUGAAGAUUGGCCGCAUUGAGGACGUUACUCCUACCCCCUCCGACUCUACCCGCAGAAAGGGUGGUCGCCGUGGUCGUCGUCUGUAA